AUGCCUGAGUGUGGCAGACGUCACACAGACGUCAGGGUGCCUGACUUCUCUGACUAUCGGCGCACUGAAGUGUUAGAUGGUACAAAGUCUUCAAAAGAAAGCAGUGAGGUUAGAAAAGGUUUCUCCUAUUUGAUAACUGCAACAACUAGUAUAGGUGUUGCAUAUGCUGCCAAGAAUGUCGUCUCGCAAUUUGUUUCCAGCAUGAGUGCUUCUGCUGAUGUGUUGGCCAUGUCGAAGAUCGAAAUCAAGCUAUCUGAUAUUCCAGAAGGCAAGAACAUGGCUUCCAAAUGGAGAGGAAAACCGCUGUUUGUGUGCCAUAGAACCAAAAAGGAAAUUGAGCAGGAGGCUGCAGUUGAAGUGUCCCAGUUGAGGGACCCACAGCAUGAUUUAGAUCGAGUAAAGAAACCUGAAUGGGUUAUCUUGAUAGGGGUUUGCACUCAUCUUGGUUGUGCACCCAUUGCAAAUGCAGGAGAUUUUGGUGGUUAUUACUGCCCUUGCCAUGGGUCACACUAUGAUGCUUCUGGCAGGAUCAGGAAGGGGCCUGCACCUCUCAACCCUGAAGUUCCCUCAUAUGAGUUCACCGGUGAUGACAUUGUGGUUGUUGGUUAGAGACCUGGACUCAAGUGCUAGGCUCCUUUCCGGCUUGUCACCUAAGAAGACUUAAAUAAGCAAGCCUUCUAUACUUAAGUUGAUUUGAAAUAUUUAAGAAUUGCU